GGGGGAGUUAAACCGAACCAGGCUCUGUAUUCCCAAACUUACCCCCAACUGAAAUUCAAAUUUUCAAUGAACUGCCACUCGGCCAAAGCGCUUGUCUUUCUCACCAAUUCAGAGAAGACAAAGUAACCAAAUGCUUCACCAUCCAAAACCCAUCUCAGUCUACGUUUCAAGACUCAUCCUCGGCCUGCGAUUUUUUCAUUCUAAGCCUAGUCGUCGGAGUCGCUACAACUUCAGAGACGACGAUGACAAUAUCCGAAAGAGAAAAGAAAAUCAAGAAGGUCGCAUACAUCUGUUGAAAAGCAGGGGUCAACACAUUCUCACCAACCCACGAGUUCUCGACUCCAUCGUACGAAAAUCUGAUAUAAAAUCGACCGAUACGGUGCUUGAAAUCGGACCCGGCACAGGAAAUCUCACUCUCAAGCUCCUCGAAGCUGCCCAGAAGGUCGUAGCGGUCGAAAUUGACAAGCGAAUGGUGGAGAUUCUCCACAGUCGCGUUGCAGAGAAUGGGUUUGGGGACCGACUUACUGUUAUAUGCGGUGAUGCGUUGAAAACAGAAUUUCCAAGGUUUGAUGUUGUUGUGGCCAACAUUCCUUAUGGAAUAUCUUCGCCUCUGGUGGCUAAGUUGGUGUUUGGGUCGAACCCAUUUCGGAGCGCAACGCUUCUCCUUCAGAAAGAGUUUGCAAGAAGGCUAUUGGCUAAUCCUGGAGACUCCGAGUUCAACCGUUUAGCUGUAAAUGUGAAGCUUGUCGCUGAUGUGAAAUUUAUUAUGGAUGUAAGCAAGAGAGACUUUGUACCCAUUCCAAAAGUUGAUUCGUCUGUCGUUAAAAUCUGGCCUAAAGCUGAAAUUCCUGAUGUGAAUCUUCACGAGUGGUGGGCUUUCACAAGAACAUGCUUUAGUAAGAAGAAUAAAACAUUACGUGCGACGUUUAAGCAGAAGAGGAAGGUGAUGGAGCUGUAUAAAUUGUGUGGAACAACUGGCUCUAAUGAAGAUAAUAUCAUCAAUUGUUACAGUGAAGACUGUAGUGAUGAUGAAGGGGAAGAAGACGAAGAAGGUGGAAGUGAUGGAGGGGACUGUUCUUUUUCUUGCUCGGGAACGGAGAUGAAUUUGUUUAAGGAGAAAAUUGUUGAUGUUCUAAGGUCCAGUGGUUUUGAAGAUAAGAGGCCUUCAAAGCUAUGUAAUGAGGAGUUGCUGCUUUUGCUUUCUUCAUUCAAUCAAGCUGGAAUAUGGUUUCAUGAUCACGCAAAGCUGAGGGACACAAGCAAUGCAACAUUGGCUGCUUCUUGCAGUCCAUAGAAAUACUAUAUGUUUGCAUAAUUUUUGUCCAAAAGCUGAAAUCAUGGUUCAGCCCCACCUUGUCAGUCAAAAUGAAAGAAUUUAUCUAUCUCAUUUUGAUUCUUAUAGCCUGGUUCAUAGAAGUAAAAUCAGUCUUAUUAUGUCCAAGUGUGCGUGUGUUUGCCACCAACAUUGUCAAAAUUCUAGUCAAUUUGCAAUUCCAGCUGCAGUAGUCUCUAAAAGUCACGUCCCCUCGAUCUAGAUCGACAUUUUGAACCAACACUACUAGAAUUAUACCACCACUUCCUAUAAACAAACUCAAAAUCGGUUUUGUUCUCUUUAUAUCAGUAAUUUUGAUCUUUGUAAACAUUUUAUCGUUAUCUUUCCUAUUUAUAUUAUUGAUCCUUACCUCAA